UUGCUUUUAUACUCCUAUGCUCGGUGAUCCUUUAAAAACUGUACAACAAGCCCGGAGUACUUUUUUAUUCCAGUCAAGAAUCCAAUUGCCACUCACAUACAUGUUACGGUCUUCAUUUCAACGAAACUACUGAAAAAAAGAAAAAAACGAAGCCAUGCGGUGUUAAAUGUUUGCGCGCAGACACUCGCGUGGAAAGAGAAAGAAACUGGAGACGCGCGCGCUCCUGCGUCCGUGCGCGAGAGGCGACAACGCGUGAGUUUAAAAAAUAAAGGCGCUCUCGAGAAACCUUUUCUUUGCUUUUGAAGAAUUAAAUAAAGAAAUCAAACUGGCUCACGCCGUCUCGAACCCGAGCACUUUGACAGCUGCUCUUCACCCCCUUUGGAGGACUGUCAACAGCAAAAGGAUGGCAUCAGAACUGGCAAUGAGCAGCUCCGACCUGCCCACCAGUCCCCUGGCCAUGGAAUAUGUUAAUGACUUCGAUCUGAUGAAGUUUGAAGUGAAAAAGGAGCCGGUGGAGCCCGAUCGCAGCAUCAGCCAGUGCAGCCGCCUGAUCGCCGGGGGAUCCCUGUCUUCCACCCCGAUGAGCACGCCUUGCAGCUCGGUUCCCCCUUCCCCAAGCUUCUCGGCGCCCAGCCCGGGCUCCGGGAGCGAGCAGAAGGCGCACCUGGAGGAUUUUUACUGGAUGACCGGUUACCAACAGCAGCUCAACCCGGAGGCGCUGGGCUUCAGCCCCGAGGACGCGGUGGAGGCGCUGAUCAACAGCGGUCACCAGCUCCAAAGCUUCGAUGGCUAUGCUAGAGGGCAGCAGUUUAGCGGCGCAGCCGGGACGGGAGGCGCCAUGGCCGGGGAGGAGAUGGGCUCCGCCGCCGCGGUGGUCUCCGCAGUCAUCGCCGCCGCCGCGGCGCAGAACGGGGCGCCUCACCACCACCACCAUCACCACCACCACCCCGGCGGGCACCAUCCGACGCCCGGGGUCCAGUCCAACGGCAACAACGCCAACCACCAACACAUGCACCUGGACGAUCGCUUCUCGGACGAGCAGUUGGUGACCAUGUCCGUACGCGAGCUCAAUCGUCAGCUGCGGGGGGUCAGCAAAGAGGAAGUGAUCCGGCUCAAACAGAAGAGGAGAACCCUCAAAAACAGAGGCUAUGCCCAGUCGUGCCGCUACAAGCGGGUCCAACAGAGGCACGUGCUGGAGGGCGAGAAGACCCAGCUCAUACAGCAGGUGGACCACCUCAAGCAGGAGAUCUCCAGACUGAUGCGCGAGAGAGACGCGUACAAAGAAAAAUACGAGAAGCUCAUCAGCAACGGCUUCAGAGAAAACGGAUCGAGCAGCGAUAACAACCCGUCAUCUCCAGAGUUUUUCAUGACGUCACGAAAGUUUCUACACCUGUGAUGUGACCUCUGACCCCUGCCCGUUGCCCCUGCAGUCUGAGGCUCACGGGUGUGCCGUAUUUUAUGGUGCCAUGGAGGAAUUCUGGGGGAUGUUUCGGGAUGCGACACUGAUCAUGUGAUGUACUGC